UCAAUAAAAUCUUUCCUUCUCUCUUUCUUUCGAAACGUGGAAACGUCAACACUGGUUGGUUUUCUCGUGUUGUAAAUUAAUUUUGCAAAUUUUUUAUUAAUUUCUCGCAAAAUGCCGCGUGAAAUCAAAGAAGUUAAGGAUUUCUUAAACAAAGCCCGUCGCGGCGAUGCUCGUGCAGUGAAAAUCAAGAAGAACCCCACAAACACCAAAUUCAAGAUUCGUUGCUCCCGCUUUUUGUAUACUUUGGUCGUGCAAGAUAAAGAGAAGGCAGAAAAAAUUAAACAGUCAUUGCCACCAGGUCUGCAAGUUAAAGAGGUUAAGUAAGCUGCAAUAAGUAUUUACUAUUCCAGUGGUUGCAGUUACCAUGCCUUUUAUUCUUCUACUCUGUUUUAUAAUUUGCAAAGAAACAUGAAUGCUGCUAUGAAAUGUAGCAUUUAAAGCAGCAUUUAUGAAAUAAAUAUUACAAAUAAG